GAUCUCCUCUAGGUAUCAUCGUUUAAAGUCAUAUCUGCAAUCCAAUCCUGGGGAUUCAUAUCAUGUGAACUUUUCAAACAUCACCUAAAAUGACUACCAAAAUAAUCAGGGGGCACUGACAGAAUCCGUCUAGAAGUGAUCCUGUAACACAGAAUUAUUGGUUAAUUGGGAAUAAAAAUGGAAUCUCCAAAAACAUAACAUUUAGCUUGUUAUCCGGGCCAGGCACUACGCGCAUCCUUCACUAUUACGUUAGGGGUCUAUAAGAAAUAAAAAUAAAAUAAAAAUUAAAUUAAAAUGAAAAAAGUAGAAAACAGUGGUACGUACACAUUGAAAUUAAUCUAGCACAGCAAUGCUCUGAAACAGCUCCACAGCUUUCGGUAUUUAUUCACAACAAUCGGCGAUAAAUGACGUUUGAAAAGGCAGAGCUGGUUCUCACAGGUAGCCUAUAAGGGCAAAGUCAUAGACUCGUGUCAGCCAUUAAUGAUGCGCAUAAAUAAGAUGCGUUUCUCAGGGUGCAUCCGGAACCACGUGUGUACAAAAGGGCAGGUGUUUCCAACAAGAAGAGUGGAGCAGUGUUUGCUGUAUGAGGAUAAGAAAGACGUGUUGUCCAGUACUGUUGAACUGAUAUUUGAUCAAAACCGAUGACCAAUGGUCAACUGCUGAGACCAGUAUACAGGUAGAAGAACAGAAUGCAUGGCGUCAAAUGGAUACACGUGUGUGGCCUCUUACUCAGCUGCAGGUACACACUGUGUCAGUAUAUCACGUAUAGAUAUUUAGAUGCUACUAUUUACAGGCUCCCAGAUUUGUCGGUCCCGCCCUCCGGUGACGUAAAUGAUCACGUGGUGCCAUUCCCGCCAAUGCCGGCGCGUCCUCCUCAUCCACCAAGUGUCACUGUGGGCGACAUGUUGACAGAAGUGAUAUUUUAUCUGCUGCGACGGACCAGCAGAGAAGUGAAGACUCAGAACGGUCCAACACCCGAUGGUCUCCCUUCCGGAGGAAAUCCGGGUAGACAUGACAACACUGGAACAAUGAAAGGUCCUGGGAACAGGAAAGGAGAGACUGGAGGGCCAACUUGGAGAAGGGGACAAAGAUACCCAACCGGAACCCCAUUGGGACGUAAGGAUCCUGACUGCCAGAAAGCUGAUUCAGCUCUCCGUGGUCCGCCAGGAGCCCCGGGACCCGCAGGCCCCCCAGGACAGUGUGACCAAGAGACCUGUUCGAGAGCAGGUCCGAAGGGUUCCAAGGGCGUCAUGGGACCCCGGGGACCGCCUGGACCCAAAGGCAGGGACGGGGUCGGGAUUUACCUAUUUGAGGACCGCAGCGCUAUGGACGCCGUUGCAUUAGAGGGGCUACUAGCUUAUAGGGUUGACACUAAACUGUUGUAUUACAGAGAUCACGUGGCUUGGAGACCCAUCAAGGCUAGUCGGUGCGGUGACGGCGUGUUAGAUCGAGAACUGGGAGAGGAGUGUGACGACGGCAAUGAGGACACGGGAGAUUUUUGUGUCAACUGCCGGCUGUCCUAUUGCGGAGACGGUUUUAUAAACAAAUACGCCGAGCAGUGUGACUGGAUCCACUUCAGGCACAUCCAGUGUUCCUCAGUACACAAGAGCAUGACGGGGCUAGUACUGUGCAGUCGCCAGUGCAGAUGGGUUUACUCUAGAUGUCACUACGUGGUCUGAAGAAACAAGACAAGCUGACCUUAACGAAAGACAGUAUAGGCUAUCUCUGUUUUAGAAGCGAGGAGGGAGAAAUGGUCAUGCGUACUCGCGUAGGCACGCUCUCAAUGUUAAGUUGUUAUAUUUACAGCUUAUGAAAAUACGUACAUGACCUUUUACCCGUACAGCUGUCAUCUUUCAAGUAAACUAAAAUAUUCUUUUCUGAAUGAUAUACAUGUAUUUUGCGUCAGAAAUGUGACGCAGAGGCUGUUGGGAUGGAUUUGUACUUGAACACGCUUACAGAGACCGACUGAAACUGAACAUAGUACGGUAUCUACUGAGUACAUGUGUAAUAUAAUACUCUAGUAUCUUAUCAAUAAGAUGAGCAAUGAUAUAAUGUAAUGUACGCACAAUCCGUCAUGAUCUGCGUUACAUAAAAGGAUCCAACUCUGCUACUGAGAAGGUUGACAUUUUGCACAAGUCGGAAACGUACAUAAUGCAUAAUCUGAUCAUGUUUUAGCAUACGUAGCCAGGGUACAUCGUCAUUUUUCAAGUAGAGAUAGGUUAUUCUAGAAGACAGUGACCCUCUUGCGUAACUUUCUUAUAUCAUAGAUUAAUGUUGUUUUCCUCCCAUAUUGAUGGGUGCUAUAGUAUAAGACAGGGGUUUAAAAGUAAUGGGACAAAUAAAAAUUAUGAAAACAUUACACGAAAU